AUGGCUGAAGCAGGGAAUGUGCAGGUUGCAUCUGGAAAUGCGCCACUAGAGAUUUCCGCAGAUAUGUCGUCCACGGUGCAGGGACAUGCUGGGUUGGAGGACUCGCCAGGCGAAGCUGAGCCGCUGGUCGGAAAGCCCGCUACUAAUGUGCGAGCACCGAAGCCCGCCAGCCUGACGUGGCCGCAAGCUCGACAAGAUGAUCCUAACCGUCUCGGUCGUCAUGGUGAAAGCGCUUAUCUCGGAAUUGGUGCUGUGGCCAGCGGGCCGGUUUCGCCAACAUCACCCAGAGCUUCGUCCGAAGGCUUCCGUUCACCAACCCUCUCAGACCGACAAAUGUAUGCGCACAGACAGCCAUCUUCUCCAGGCGCGGCUUCACAAGUGCCUCGUCUGCACUCUCCAGCUUCUCAGAUCUUUGAGCGAAGCGUUCAAGAAGACAUGCUUCCCUCGCAAGCUUCUCCAUCGAUACCUGCGCAUCUGCGUACCGAGAAUUACAUCCCACCUGUGCUCGAAGCAUCCUCCGCUGCGAUUACCGAUGAACAUCUGGACCCGGAUUCCGUCGAAAUACUUACACAUAGCAUUCAUCAGCCUGCUGCGGCGACUAUGAACGGCUCAUCGACAGCAGAUCAGUCCCUGGCGUCCUCUAGCCAUCUUGAUCAAUCGGGAUUCCACUCUUUCGAGACUGAUGAGGCCUCCUCUGCUCAUGCCGUGGCCGAUCCAACAGACGUGCGACGUCUGAGUUUCAUUUCAUUCGCCGACGUCGUCAACGCUGAGCAUGCGGAGAGUGGCGACUUGAUCUAUCGUGAGUCGUCUAUGGGAGGUGGCUCUGGCCACUUGGUUGGCGCUGGUCGCUCUCCAUCACCCUUACGAUCGCCCACUUCCUCGCACGGAUUAGGUACAUCUCCCCCGACGAGUAUUGCAGCCUCCUUCAAGGGAAUGGACAUGACACCCAACAAUGGAACCCGUGGACCGGGAAGUCCACUUCCCAUGGCACAGAGUCCGGUCUCUUCCAAUUUUGGCGGCGAACUCCAAGUUGAGACUAUGCGACAAGCUCUCAGGCGUACCGGUAGUGGUGAUCUCAGCGGUUUUGCUACUCAGGCAAGCACUGGUUUUGGCGGCGAAGAGACUCCGGACCGCCAUCUUUGA